GGUUGGCAUAGAUUUCGCAACAACAUUUUUUGACCUUUUACCAAUUUGUUGGUAUUUUUUGUACACAGGACACCCUGUGUUUGUUGCACAAAAAGGGAAAAACUCAUACUAAUACGUGUAGAUUGGACCUUUUUUCUACACAAAUUUUUUUAUACAGACUUAUGUACUUCAAAUAGAGCUUCGUUCAAAAUAGCAAUAAGUUGACGAUUCCUUUUCUUUUAUAUUAAUUGAAAGUUAAAAUUAACAAAAAAUUAUAUUCGAAUAAUAAUAAUUAUAAAAAAAAUUCUAUUAUUCCACUUUAAAACAUCAGAUUUUUAAAUUCAAUUAUGUUAACUAGCCCAAAAGACCAAGAGUCCUUUUAAUUCUUUAUUUUAACAAAAACAGUUGUUCUCUCGACAAACAUUUUCAGCACACUAAUUCCUUCCCAGUUUCCAUUCGUCAAAUAUGCCGUUGGAACACAAAACUAGUUUUUUUUUUUUAUAUGACCCUUUAGCCCGCUUUUUGUACUCCUUUAAAGAGCUCUGACCGAAGCAUACAAUCAAGUCAAGACUGCGUAAAUUUGAAUUCGACGCAUUACCAAACCCAUCCUGUCGAACCUGAACUUUUUGACUUAUAAAAUUUUAAGUCUACACCAGCUUUUGUGUAAUGAUUAUCCUAUAUCGCAUAAUUUUACUAAACUAAAAAUUUGAUUGUGUGUUAGAAUGGUAGAUGAAUAGCUGAGGCUAUUUUCAGUAAACUUGCGUCAUUUAAGUAUAAAGAAAUUCAAAUAAGCCGAUCCCCUUAACUUAAUAAUCCAUUAACCAAUUUCUUACUCCAAAAGAAAUGCGUCUAAUCUUCAAGGUCGUUUAUUUAUUUCAUUAUUUCUUCAAAUCUUAACUACCUUAGGUUAUUGUACUUUGAUAUUUAACUUCAUCUCGUGUAUUUUUAAUGUUUUUUGUUUUUAUUUUAUUAAAUAAGAACAAGCUGCAGCAAAUAGGAUAUACCUACAAAAUACAAGAAAUUUGCAUUUAUAAAUGAUACAAAAUAAUACAAAGUAACACCAAUUGUAUCAUCUCAAGUACCCCGCCCCAAAAAUCAAAUCAAAAUCAAGUUGGAACACUUUCGACUUACGACCUGUUCUUUUUGGGAGAAAGGUUUCUUGUCAAGUGAAAUAUUUAUUUAGUUGUUUGUUUUUUUUAAUUUCAAACUGAAUUAGAUAUUAUUCUAAAGCACUGAUUUGAGGAGCUAUAAAACCUCAAUGCAAAUUAUAAGAUCUAGUUCAUUUUUCAUAAUUCAACGACGAAGCAGGACGCAACAAUGAGAGCAUUUAUUAUUCUAGGUUUUUUGAUAGCAGCAUCAAGUGCAGCUAGCUUGGGUUACAAUUAUGGCCCAGGAAAGUCUGGAAACCUUGAAGGAAGCGGUAGUUCGUUGGUUGGAACAGUUGGACUGGCUGGAACUGGAAGCACUUAUAAUUCGGGAAGUUCAGGAAAUCUCGAAGGCAGCAGCAGUUCGUUGAUUGGUAAUAUUGGAGGCAUCAGUGGCAGCCGUUAUGGCAGUGGAUUGAUCAAUUCUGGUAGUGGAAUAAUCGGAACUGGUGGUUUGAUUAAUACUGGAGGAUAUGGAGGUCGACUUAUUAGCGCUGGUGGUUUGAUCAACUCUGGAGGAAGUCAAAUUAUCAGUGGAGGAAGUGGACUUAUCGGUGGAGGAAGUCAAAUUAUCAGUGGAGGAAGUGGACUUAUCGGCGGAGGAAGUCAAAUCAUUAGCGGAGGAAGUGGACUUAUUGGCGGAGGAAGCCAAAUUAUCAGUGGAGGAGGAAGUAGACUCAUUGGCGGAGGUGGUUCAACCAACGUCAUUGGAAUUCCUUCAUUAGACUCAAUUCCCCAAACUGUUGAAUACAGCAAACAAUUCUUCAGUUUCGAAGCCCCCGAAGAAAUCCAAGAAGAAGGCACAGUUACCAAGCAACUUAGCAAUGUCUUGAAGAAGAAUCUCCAAGUUGUCUUCAUCAAGGCCCCAGAAAAUAACCAAGCUACCAAUGCAGCUUUACAACUCGCAAAACAAGCUAUUGAACAAAGAACUGCUAUUUAUGUUCUUAGCAAGCAAAAUGACGGUGCUCAAUUAGUUGGACAACUUCAACAAAUUCAAGAGAGCGUACCAACCGUACCUGAGGUCAGAAUUGUGAAAUACAGAACUCCACAGGAUUUGGCUUAUGCCAAGGAAAUUAUUCAAGCUCAAUAUGAACAAACUGGAGGAUCAACACAAAACUUUGAUGGAGGUGUUGCUCCAGUUUUGAAUUAUGCCAGUGGUGGAAAUUCAGGAUCUACAGUUUUAUUGGGAGGAUCAAAUAUUGGUUCAAAUAUUGGUUCAAAUUAUGGAUCUACACAAAUUAUUUCAAGUGGUCCUUCUCAGAUUAUUGGAGGUGGUUCUUCACAAAUUAUUGGAGGUGGUUCAUUAUUGGGAUCUAAUUUAGGAUCAGGUUUGGGUUCAACGCAAAUUAUUGGUACUGGAGGUAGUCAAUUGUUGGGAUCUGGAUUGAGUUCAAGAAAAAUUAUUAACAGUGGCUCUUUGAUUGGUGGAAACUAUGCUUUAGGUUCGAAUCAGGUAUCAUCAGUUAGUGCACCAGAAACUACACAGUACCUCCCCCCUUUGAAGAAGAAGUAGAGAAAAGUAAUGUUAAUGUAAUUUUAAUUGUUUUUUGUGAAUGUAAAUAAAACGAAAAUAACCGAAAAAAUUUUUUCUUAAACCAUUUUUGAUUAAAAAUAUUGACCUCCCG